AGCCCCAUAGAAAGAGCGAAAAAGAGAAGAAAAAUGUGCAGAGACAGCGAUUCAGCAGCAGAAGCAGCAGAAGCAGCAGCACUGGCAAACUUAUUAGCGAAAUGCACGAAGUCAACAAACGGACACGGCUGCAGACCCAUAACCACACCUACACCCAGACUCACAUCCACACCCACACCCACAUCCCUGCCUAGACCCACAGCCAGGACUCUCGGCAGCGGCAACAGCAACAUCAGCACUAACAAUUGUCAACAGGCUGGGAGUGCGGCAGGAGGCGUCAGCCAGGAGCCGAAAAAACAAGCAGCCAACCGUCAAAACAUGCACCACGAGGAGGAGCAGGAGCAGGAGCAGAAGGAGGAGCGGGAGCAGCUCCCACUCCAGCAUAAUCAGCGUCAGCAGCAAGGACAUCAAAUAGAGAAAAUGGCAGUGGCAGAGGGACUGCCACGAGACGCUGCCAAGGAACACGAACACAAACAGCAGGCAGAGAGCCAGAGCCAGAGCCAGAACAGACCUAGAAAAUGCAGAAGCAAACACCAGCAAGAGAGGCAGCAGGAGCAGCCUCUCCUUCGACAAGACCAGAGACAAUGUCGUCGAAAUUGCAAUAAUGUUGCCGGAGUGCAGCGGCAAUGGAGGAAGCAUGUCCUGUGGCUGCUGCUGCUGUUGCUGGCGAUGAUUCUGUCCGGAACCGCAGCAGGAGCGAUGACACCUUCGGCCAGGAUAGCCCGCUCCCCGGCUGCCGUCGCCAGUGGCCUCCUCAUCGCCAGUGCCAAAGGCAGUGCACGUGAGCUGCUCUACGCCGAUCUGGGUGUGCCCAGUGGUGGCUCCACGGGGGCUGGCUCAUCCUCGUCAGGCGGUGCAGGCGGUGGCGGUGGAGCUGCUGGCAUCGAGUGCCCCAGCUUCGACGACAACUCCGCCUGCCCCUGCUACAAGUUCGAGGAUGGACUCUUCCUGGAGUGCCCCGGAACGACGGCGCUGUCGCUGCGCUCGACCCUAGAGCGGAUCUCGGCGCCGAUCCACUCGCUGUCCAUUUACGACUUUGAUCGCUCCGUCACGUCACUGUCGCAGGACGUCUUCCAGCCGGGCGUUCACAUUCGCCACUUGCAGUUCUCCCACUCCCACCUGGAGGCCCUCAAGGACAACAGCCUGCGGAACGUGCGCUCCAGCCUCGAGUCUCUCAGCAUCGUGAAUGGCAAAUUGACGCAGAUGCCGUCGCGGGCGCUGAGCUCGAUGCAGAAGCUGACGGCGCUGGACUUUGAUUACAACGAGAUCGUGCGGAUCGAGGACUACAGCUUCUAUGGGCUGCGCAUAUCGAAGCUUAAUCUGAAGGGCAACCGGCUGCAGGGCAUGCCGGAGCACGCGUUCGCCGGCCUCGAGGAGUGCCUGCAGGAGAUCGACGUGUCCGAGAACGGGCUGCGCACGUUCCCGAUGAUGGCGCUGCGCAAGCUGGACCACCUGCGUGUCCUGCGGCUGUCGAGCAACCGCAUCGCGAGCUUCUACGGCGACAUUCAGCUGGCGACGAACAAUGCCUCGGCGGCUGCAUCGGCGGCGGCCGCCCUGCAGCUGCCAUCGCUGAUCUUUCUGGACCUCAGCUCGAACCAGUUCGGGGAAAUCGUGCACGACUGCUUCCGGGCCUUUCCGCAGCUGAAGACGCUCUCCUUCUACGCGAACCAGAUCGAGCUCGUGCAGCCGGAGGCCUUCAAGAGCCUCAAGGAGCUGAUGUCGCUGGACAUGUCGCACAACCGCAUCAUCGCCCUCGACCCGAAGGUGUUUGACCGCAACAAGCGGCUGCAGACGGUGGACCUCAGCCACAACCACAUCCAUGCCAUCAGUGGGGUCUUCUCGAACCUGCCGCAGCUGCGCGAGGUCUUCCUGUCGGAGAACAACAUCCUGGAGCUGCCGGCAGAUGCGUUCACCAACUCGACCAAUGUGGACGUGAUCUACCUGGAGGCGAACGCCAUCGCGCACAUCGAUCCGAAUGUAUUCAGCACGCUCUCCAACCUGGACCAUCUGUAUCUGCGCUCCAACUUCAUUCCGCUGGUGCCCGUGACGCUGUUCGACAAGUGCGUGCGCCUGUCCUCGCUCUCGCUGGACAACAACGAGAUCCAGGACCUGGAGAUCGGCAUGUUCCGCAAGCUGGAGCAGCUGCGCGAGGUGCGGCUGCACAACAAUCGGAUACGGCGCGUGCGCAAGGGCGUCUUUGAGCCGCUGCCGUCGCUCCAGGAGCUGCACAUCCAAAAGAACAACAUCGAGGACAUCGAGCCGGGUGCGUUCCACACGCUGACCAGCAUGCAGCACAUCAAUCUGCAGGACAAUCAGCUGACGGUGCUCGAGGACAUCUUCCCCGAGCAGAACUCCUCGCUGCUCUCCAUCCAGCUGGAGGCGAACUAUCUGCACAAGGUGCACCAGCGCACCUUCCGCCAGCAGCAGCGCAUCCAGAUCAUGUGGCUGCGCGACAACCAGCUGACCAAGGUGGAGCGCUCCUUCUUCGUGGACACGCCGCUGCUGGGGCGGCUCUACCUGAGCGACAAUCGCAUUCGGGACAUCGAGAAGGACACCUUCGCCAGCCUCACGCAGCUGAAGUUCCUCGACCUGAGCGGCAAUCAUCUGAAGCAGCUGCGCCGCGACUACUUUGCCCCGCUGCAGAGCCUGGAGGAGCUCUCGCUGGCCCACAACUGGAUCGAGGCCAUCGAGGGGUACGCCUUCAACCGACUGAAGCAGCUCAAGUCGCUGGACCUCUCGCACAAUCCGCUGGUGCAGCUGACGCGCGACGUCUUCCUCGACGAGCUGCCGCUGGCCACACUCCAGCUGGCCAACACUUCGCUGCGCAAGCUGGAGCAGCACACCUUCAAGUCGCUGCAGAACCUCAACGAGCUGAAUCUGGAGCGCAACCAGCUGAGCCCCGCCGACAUCCAGCGGCUGGACGUGCCCGGCCUGCGGCGCCUUCACUUGUCGCACAACAACUUCAGCCACGUGGGCAUUGGCACAGCAUCGGGCGGCAUCAUGGCUGGCAUGUUCGACAAGCUGCGCUCCCUGCAGCACCUGUCGAUGGCCAACUGCAGCCUGGGACACAUACCCGAUCAGCUCUUCUCGCGCAACACCAAUCUGGUGCGGAUCGAUCUGUGCGACAACCGACUGACGCAGAUGAACCGCAACAUUUUCAGCGGCCUGAACGUGUUCAAGGAGCUGCGGCUGUGCCGCAACCAGCUGGUGGAGUUCCCCCACAUCGCCCUGUACAACCUGAGCACCCUGGAGACGCUGGAUCUGGCGCGCAACCUCCUCACGUCCAUCGACUUCUUCAAGCUGCGGGGCACGCUCAAUCUGCGGCAGCUCGUGCUGCGGGACAACAGAAUCAACUCGCUGAGCGGCUUCAAUGCGGUGAACCUCACGCAGCUGGACAACGUGGAUCUGAGCGGCAACCUGCUGCUCUCGCUGCCCGCCAACUUCCUGCGCCACUCGAUCAAUCUGCAGCGCGUGGAUCUGUCCAGCAAUCGCUUCCUGCAGAUACCCAGCUCCGCGCUGUCGGAUGUGUCCAUACCGCGCCUGUCCUGGCUCAAUCUGACCGGCAAUCCCAUCAACAAGAUCUACACGGUGAAGGAGGAGCGGUAUCCGUACCUCAAGGAGCUCUACAUUUGCCAGACGAACCUCUCCAUACUCACGUCCAAGGACUUUGAGGCCUUCCAGGGCCUGCAGCACCUGCAUCUGGUCAACAAUCGCAUCACCCGCAUCUCGCCCGGUGCCUUCCGCUCCCUCACCAACCUGCUGACCCUCGACAUUGGCAUCAAUGAGCUGGAAAUGCUGCCCAAGGAGCGGCUGCAGGGCCUGCGCCUGCUCCGGCUCCUCAACAUCUCGCACAACACCCUCAAGGACCUCGAGGAGUUCAGCCCCGAUCUCGCCCAAAUGCAAACGCUCGAUCUCAGCUUCAACCAGCUGGAUCGCGUCUCCAAGAAAACCUUCCGCAACCUGCACGGCCUCGUUGAGCUGCUCCUCAUGGGCAACCGCAUGACCGUUCUAUCCAACGACGCCUUUCGCUUUCUGCGCAAACUUCACCUCUUGGAUCUGCGCAAGAACUACUUUGAGUUGGUGCCCCUCGAUCCGCUGCGUCCGCUGGAGACCAAUCUGAAGACACUAAGGCUGGAGGAAAAUCCACUGCAUUGCAGCUGCGAUGCCCAAAAGCUCUGGGAAUGGCUGCGGGAUCAUCGCAAAUGGUCCCUGUCGACGGCGAAUGGUGGCAGCGGCACAGGCGGCGGCAGCCUCAUCGGCAUCGGCGGUGGCGAUGCCAUCAAUUAUCUGAGGUGCGAACACCCCACGGAGCUGCGAGGCAAGGUGUUUGGCCGCAUGGAGCCGCAGCAGUUCUGCGAUGCGCCGCUAAUACCCAAAAUGGCUAUACAGGAUAUCCAGCCCUAUUCGGUGGUCGUCUCCUGGCAGAGUCGCGACCAUUUGGGCCUCAAUGGGUUCGAAAUUGUUUACCAUGCCACCGGUGAUGGCCUCGUUCCCGGGCCAACGGACCGUGACCGCGACCGCGAACGGGAUGGCGAUGCCAAUGGCAAUGGUGACAGGGAGCUGGACCCUGACCGGGACAUGGACUUCGACCGGGAGCGACAUCAAGAGCAGCAGCAGAGGGCAAGGGACCGUGAUGAGCAUGGACGGGACAGGGACAGAGACAGGGACAGGGACAGGGAGCGUUUCCCCCUGGCCACGGAUGAGAUACACGGAAAGCGGCUGAACGGCACGGCCAGCUCCACAAAGCUGACACGACUGAGCCCCAACACGCGCUAUCACAUCUGCGUCAUCGGCAGCGGUAAUUGGCUCUCGGAGCCGCUGGCCAAUGCGCUGCAGAGACUCCACGCGAACGAGUCGUCGCGGGACGAGGAGCUGCCCUUGGGCGCCGUGUCCGUGCCCCUGCCCGAGUCGUACUCGCCGUACGGACACGAGCAGCAGCAGUUGCAGCAACUGCAGCAGGAGUCGCUGAUGGAGAACAGCAUUGUGACGGAUCAUGUGCUGCACGAGGUGCUCAAGAACUCCCACAUCUCGGCCUGCACCGAUGUGCAGACCCUCGACUCCACACCCAGCCUGAUCACCGACGAGAACGGGCUGUCCAGCAACGGGUUCAUCCACUCGAUUCUUACGCGGCGCCUGGGCCUGAUUGUGGGCUGCUGCCUGGGCAUCAUCGUCUUCAUCGUGAUGAUCUCCGUGCUGAGCUACGUGAAGCUGAAGAAGCAGCGCAUCGAGAACGCCAAGCGGCAGGCGGCUCUGCCGCCCGAGUACAUCUCCUACCGCCACUUCUCCAUCCCGAACGAGGAGCUCACCCGCACGGCAGCCGGUGGCAGCGGUGGUGCGGCUGCCGGCACCGGCUCCGGCUCCGUCUCGGCUGCCGUUUCGGGGGCAACGUCCAGUGCCACGCACAUGUCCAGUGUGCCCAGCGGCAUCAGCGCCCACAUCAGCGGCACCAGCCUGAGCACUGGCACCGGCACCGGAACGACAACGACCACGGCCACCACACCCAUUGGCGGCGUGCCCCUGCCCCUGCCCAUGGCCAAGGCGGGCAGCCCCAUUGCGGCCCUCGGGGGCGCACAACUCGUUGUGGAGCCGCAAGUGGUAGCAGCAGGCGGACACCACAGCCAUCAUGGACACCAUGGACACCAGCAGCAGCAGGCGGCGCAACAGCAACGCCAGAACAAUGGCGGCAUUGCGGGAUACAUGGCAGCCGGAGUGGUGCUCAACACGAACCACUUGAGUGUGUGUUAGGUGGCUCAAAGAAGUCCUUAAAGGGUAGCCAAACUCCCUCUGGAAACUAACGAAAGGAGUGCAAGAAUUUAGAUAUAUGAAUCGAGAAUGUUUUACGUACAACCAUUGUUCUUCCUUCCUUUCAUUGAUGUCCAUUAAGUAUGCCCCUGGAUGAUCUUCACGAGAGAUCUGCACACAUAAAAUGCUUAGGAUACAACAUAGGAUCCAGAAAUCAUACAAAUAAGAAGGCUUAGCAUAAGAGAGAGAGAAUGGAGAAGGUUCUCAAGCAAAGGGAAAACCAAAUGAAAGCCCAAACCAGCAGAGAGUAGAAGGCGGAGGUGGAGGAGGAGAAUCUAGGUUAGUGAUAAUCAUGAAGAUGCGUUCAACGUUCGGUUAGUUAUGACAAUUGGAGGUAGAGCAAUCGAAGGUAAAAUGCAGUGGAAAGGUGGAGAGCAGCCGCAAACAGUUUUCAAUGUAAAUAAAUGUGGGGAUGCAGAGCGAGCGAACAACCUCCACAGGGAUGCGAAAUUGUAUGUGUAAUCGGAAAUACCAUUUACAGAUGGCAAGAAUCAAACAAAAUCCCAUAACUAUCUAUAAGAAUAUACACCCUACACAAACACACACACACACAUAUAUAUAAACAUAUAUAUAUAUAAAUGUAGUGGAAAACACACACACCUUUUUUUUGAGCUAGAUUUAGUGUAUGAGAAAAAUGUGGAAAAAUGUGCGUGUGGUGUGCGAGUUCUUUUUUUUCUCAACUGUGUUUUUUUUGUCUAGCAUCGCAAUAAGUGGAAAAGUUCUGGAGAGAAGGAAAUCAGUGUGUGGAGGAGCUGGAAUAAACAAAAAUAUUAACUAAUUAACUAUUAAAUAAACUAAUUAUAAGUGCAGGCGCCCACCCCCCUGCCAGCCCGCACAGCCCACACUUUGUGCUCGUGUCUGCGUAUGAUUGUGUGGCCCGAACUCAAAGAGUUGCAGGCACACACGAUUAUUACUACUACUCUAUGCUGUUGAGUUUCUUCAGUUUAUGGAUUGUUUUCCAGUUUACUAACAAAUUAAGCUUUAGUCGGGAACGGAGGUCGUGCAGGGGGUGGCACUUGGCCAAGUUAAGCGAAAUGAACAGCUUGAUGCAAUAACAAGACAAGAAGAAGGUAAGGUAAAUGCUCAAGAAUUUCUAGUAAAUUAAGUGAAAUUAAAUCAAAAGCCCAAGAAAAUGCCAGAAAUGUUGCUCUCCCCCCCCCCAAACACACACCGAGAGAGAGACUGCACUCUACCCCAGAGAUGGACAGGAGGAGGCAGUUCUGUGGCUGUGGCUAUGGCAGUUACAGAAUAAUGCUUUCGGGAUGCUGUUGCAUUUCUUGACCUUCUCCGCCCAGCUGUGUAAUCUGUAUGCUCAGUGUUCGGUGUUGGGUGCGUGGUGCGGGGUGCGGGGUGCGGGGUGUUCUUGUGCUUUUGAAACAUUUUAAUAUUGUUAUAUGCAAAACGCAAGAGCAACAACGAGGGGCAAGCAAAUACAAUAGCAACUAUAGGUACUACUAGGUAUGCAUGCAUGAACAACUUAAGAGCAAACACUAACAACAGCAAAUACUCCUCGUAAAAUGCAAAUCAGAAUCAAAAAGUCGAACUUAAGAAAACAGCAAACAGCAGAAAGGAAAAUAAAAACCAAGCAAACAACAAAUAAAUCAUACUAUUACAAGAAAGCUUUCCCUAUGCUCUACGACAAAACACACACACACAAACACACACACACA